CUCCCUUCCUCGCAGGUCCCAGCCUCCCAGGCUCAUUCCCUCUCUUGGCCGACCCCCGAGCCGCCGGACCCCGCUGUUCGCCGGCGGCAGUAGAGAAGCGCCCGAGCUUCCUCCCAGCGAAGCGGCGCCACUUCCACUGUUCCAAGCUUGGAGCGGAGAGCAUUCAGGAGAUCCAUCCAAGCCGAUUCCUUCUGCUGUGUCCAGAACUACGGAUGAGUUCGAAGAAGGUUCCGUUCAACCGUCAUAAGGAGAAUGAGGAGGCGAGGAAGAAGAGGGAGGAAGAUGAAGCGGCGCGCGUCUAUGCGGAGUUUGUUGAGUCAUUCAAGGGUGAAAGCACAUCUGGAUCGAAGUUUGUCCGUGGGGGCGUGAUUGAUCCCAAUGCCAAGCUGAGAGCUGAUUCUGAAGGUGGAAAGUCGAAAGAUGGGUGGUCUGUUCCAAAGAAGGGCAGUAGGUAUGUUCCAUCUUUUUUGCCGCCAUCAUUUGGGAAAGAGCCAGACAAAAAGAAGGAAGAUGAGCGGCCGAAGGAAAAGGAAAAAGGAAAGCCACGGGCAAUAGAUAAGUUCAUGGAGGAACUCAAGUUUGAGCAAGAGCUUCGGGAAAGGCGUAAUCAAGAACGUGACGGUCGACACGGUGACACCUCCACGUCCUCUAGCCAUUUUGAUGAACUACCAGAUGAAUUUGACCCCAGUGGGAGAAUACCAGGGUCAUUUGAUGAUGGGGAUCCACAAACCACAAACUUAUAUGUUGGCAAUCUCUCUCCUCAGGUGGAUGAGAAUUUUCUUUUGAGGACAUUUGGUCGGUUUGGACCUAUCGCUAGCGUCAAGAUUAUGUGGCCUCGAACAGAAGAAGAACGCAGAAGGCAAAGAAACUGUGGGUUUGUUGCAUUCAUGAAUAGAGCAGAAGGACAGGCAGCCAAGGAUGAAAUGCAAGGUGUUAUUGUAUACGACUAUGAGCUGAAGAUUGGGUGGGGCAAAUCUGUUGCUCUUCCAUCACAAGCACUGCCUGCUCCUCCUCCAGGACAUAUGGCAAUCAGAAACAAGGAGGGUGGUACUGUAAUCAUAUCUGGUCCUGGAGGUCCACCUGUUGCAUCAGUUACACGGCAAACCUCAGAGCUGGUCCUUACUCCAAAUGUUCCUGAUAUAGUAGUUGCUCCACCAGAUGAUUCACAUCUUAGGCAUGUGAUUGACACGAUGGCUCUGCAUGUACUUGAUGGUGGAUGUGCUUUCGAACAAGCUAUAAUGGAAAGAGGACGAGGGAAUUCUUUAUUUAACUUCUUGUUUGAUCUUAAAUCGCAAGAGCACACAUACUAUGUCUGGCGGUUAUACUCCUUUGCUCAGGGCGAUACUUUACAACGAUGGCGAACUGAACCAUUUAUCAUGAUUACUGGAAGUGCAAGAUGGGUUCCACCUGCUUUGCCAUCCAGCCGAAGUCCUAAUCAUGAAAAAGAAUCUACUUUUGCAGCUGGUAGAAGCAGGCGUGCGGAAGUGGAGCGUACACUGACUGAUUCACAGCGUGAUGAAUUUGAGGACAUGCUACGCGCAUUGACAUUAGAGAGGAGUCAGAUAAAGGAAGCAAUGGGAUUUGCGUUAGAUAAUGCUGAUGCUGCUGGAGAGAUUGUCGAGGUUCUUGCAGAAUCUUUGACACUUAAGGAGACAUCUAUUCCCACCAAGGUUGCAAGGCUUAUGCUAGUGUCCGACAUCCUUCAUAACAGUAGUGCUCCCGUGAAGAAUGCUUCUGCGUUUCGAACCAAGUUUGAGGCUGCUAUACCUGAUGUCAUGGAGAGCUUCAAUGACUUGUAUCGCAGUAUUACAGGAAGGAUUACUGCUGAAGCUCUGAAGGAGAGGGUUUUGAAAGUUCUACAAGUAUGGGCAGACUGGUUUCUGUUUUCUGAUGCAUAUCUGAAUGGGCUGAAAGCUACCUUUCUUAGACCAGGCAACUCUGGGGUCACCCCUUUCCACUCUCUAUGUGGUGAUGCACCUGAAAUUGAAAAGAAAACUAGCUCCGAGGAUGGUACUAAUGGAUUUAGGCUUGAUGAAGAUGGUGCCCUGGCCACAGGAAAGGCAGCAGCAACGAAGGAGCUGUUAGGGCUUCCGCUUGCUGAGCUUGAACGUCGUUGUAGACAUAAUGGCCUCUCGCUAUGUGGUGGUAAAGAGAUGAUGGUUGCCAGGUUGCUCAGCCUAGAGGAGGCUGAGAAGGAGCGAGUAUAUCAGAAAGAUGUCGACAUGAAAUAUGGACAAGGAGAACCUCAUAGAACUGGGAGAGAGGAUAUUGGUUUGAAUGCGCGUAGUGCUUCGAGACCUGGAGAAGGUACUGUUGAUGGUGAAUCAGAUAUGCUGGGUCUCUCUCGUGUCACAGGUCAAAAGUACUAUGGAAAAUCUGUAUCUGCUGAACCGAAACAAGUUCCAAGCAAGAAGCAGAGAGCUGAUCCCAUCUUACCAGCUUCUAAAUGGAAUCGAGAGGAUGAUGGCAGCAGCGAUGAAGAUAGAAAAGAUGGUCAAGGAUUGGGAUUGAGCUAUUCAUCUGGAAGUGAUAUUGCUGGUGAUCCUGGGAAAGCUGAUGCAACAGAAAUUAGUACUGAUCACACAAUUCAUCAUCCAGAUACAAUUGUUGAUGAAGAGCAUAGGCAGAAGCUGAGGCAGAUUGAGAUUGGUGUCAUGCAGUAUCGUGAAUCUCUUGAGGAGAAGGGUUUGUGGAACAUGGAGGAGCUUGAGAGGAAGGUUGCCAGCCACCGUAGGCGUCUUCAGUCUGAAUAUGGGUUGUCUUCUUCAGUAGAUGGGGCAAACAACAGGCGCUCUUCCGAGAGAAUACCAUUGGACCGGAAAGAAAGGUAUGAUGAUGCACGCAAUUCUUCCAAGAAGCGGCCUCACAGCCCAAGUAAGAGCCGUAGUCCUUCAAAGAAAUCAUCACUGGAUAGAGACCGAGAGCACAAUCGCAGCAGAGACAGAUUGCAUGGUAAUGAUGUUGGGAGAGACAGAGCACGCGAAAAAAGUUCAGGCCGAGAGAAGGAUGAUCACCAUGAUAGAAGCAGAGAAAGAGAAAAGGACAGGAGAAAGGGGAGGUGACUGAGGGUAUGUUUGGUUCCAGCCCUACCAAAUUUGGUUGACCUUUUGGUUGCCCAUGAGUUGGCCAACAUCGGCAAGGAAAACGAGCUAGAGUAACCAAAAAGGCAUCGGCAUGCCAAAUACUCCUAGUUGGCAACCAUGCAAACAAAGGCCAGUGUUUUGGACAUGACCAAAAUAUUGGUAGGGUAAGUUUAGCUGCCAUAACAUACAUACAUACCCUGAUACUUGAAGAUCUCCCUGUUGUGCACUUGGUUCUUCGGCUGAAUAAGCAAGCAUCUUGAGGAAGGAAACAUUCGAGCUGGGCUGCAUCCGCCGAUGCCCGCCGCAUGUAAAUGGGUGCGCAUGGCCUGCUCAAGGACCAGUCUGUAGCGGAUUUGAGGAUUUAGGUGGCGCUCCUAAUGGCGGACCUGUUUUUGUAGUAUCAAGGAACAGUAGUUUGUGAAACAUAAGUACUUUGAUCAAGCAACACUGAGUGAAAUGCUGUCAGUUCGUGGCAUGGGCUGCAACUAAUAAACUUUGACAAGUUGCUAUGGAUUUGCUCUGGCAAUCUUGUUGUUUAACCCCUGUAGGAUUCAGCUUAGAAUUAGCAUGGUGCUACUGCUGCCUCAACUCCUCCGUUUAACAUUUCGGUUAAUCUGGAUGAAGGGCCCGGGAUGGCAGGUUGUUUAACUUGCUGGUGCAUUCUUCUGCGCAUGGUUAAUUGGCCGUAUUGUUUGUGGAUGCUUAA